GUGAGAGAGAGAGAGUGGCUGUGAAUUCGCGAACCAGGAAAACCAGCGGCCAAUAACAUGCUGAAGACCAUCAAAACCUGCGUUGACGAGAUCGAGGAGAACCUACAGUGCAUCGGGGGUACGACCGGAGUCAUCGCACUGACGGCGGCUGCAGCUGCAACAGCUUACUACUUAUCGAACAGACCCGUCUCGGAGAAACCGCUAGUGCCUCUAGAUAACCAGUGUCCAAUAGAAGCCGGCCCGGAACAGAUACACGUGUCAAAGUUCUUCAAGGAAGCGAAAGACGGCAAGUUCGUGAGCUGCCUCGAGGAUGACGUACGAACGCUCUAUCAGGCCUUCCGCAAAGGUGCCUAUGUAUCGAACAACGGGCCUUGUUUGGGCUGGCGGGAAAACCUACAGUCACCAUAUCAGUGGAUGAACUUCAAUGAAACGCUACUGCGCGCAAAGAACUUCGGCUCGGGUCUGAUAUCGCUGGGUCUACGGCCUGGACCGAACACACACAUCGGCAUCUACUCGCAGAACCGUCCGGAAUGGAUCCUGUUCGAGCAGGGUUGCUACUGCUACUCGCUGGUCGUCGUCCCGCUGUACGACACACUCGGUCCCGAUGCGUGCGCCUUCAUCGUCGACCAGACGGACAUGCAGGUCGUCGUCGUGGAAGAUGACAAGAAGGUGAACCUGCUACUCGAUAAGGCCCCGAGGACGCUGCGUAAGCUCGUGUCAAUCAAGGAAGUGCGUCCAGCGACACUACAGCGAGCGAAGAACGUCGGUAUCGAUGUGCACACGUUCGACGAGGUAGAGAAAAUGGGCGCCAUUAACGACCAUCCCGAGCUGGAACCACAACCGACUGACUUGUGCACGGUCUGCUACACCUCUGGCACAACUGGCAACCCCAAAGGCGUGAUGCUGACACACGCGAAUGUCCUGUCUGGGGUGGCCGGUGUCCUGCUGCAGCUCGGUACUCAUCGACCACGUGUCGGAGAUGUCAUGGUGUCGUUCCUGCCGCUGGCUCAUAUGUUGGAGCGUUGCUGCGAGAACGGUGUCUAUUACAUGGGUGGAGCUGUUGGAUUCUUUUCGGGUGACAUCAAGGAACUGACGAACGACCUGAAGGCACUGAAACCGACGCUGAUGCCGGCCGUACCGCGUCUUCUGAACCGCGUGUACGACAAAGUGUUCGCCGAGGUGCAGCGAUCGUCGGUGAAGAAGCUGCUGCUGAACAUGGCGCUUAGCUCGAAAGAGGCCGAAAUCAAGCGUGGCAUCGUGCGACGGAACAGCAUCUGGGAUAAGCUGGUGUUCCGGAAAAUCCAGGAAGGAUUCGGCGGUCGGUUGCGCCUGAUGGUCGUUGGUUCGGCGCCCCUUUCUGAGGCAGUGUUGUCGUUCUCUCGGGCCGCACUUGGCUGUCUGAUCUGCGAAGGAUACGGCCAGACGGAGUGUACUGCCCCGAUCACGCUGACCGUACAAGGUGACUUCGUUCCAGGACACGUAGGGCCACCAGUUGCUUGCAACGGCAUCAAGCUGGUCGACGUGCCGGAGAUGGAGUACUAUGCCUCCCAGCAGCAGGGAGAAAUUUGCGUCAAAGGAGCGAACGUUUUCAUCGGGUACCUUAAAGAUCCUAAGCGCACGGCAGAAGCGAUCGACCCCGAGGGUUGGCAUCACACGGGCGACAUUGGACAGUGGUUGCCAAACGGCACGCUAAAGGUGAUCGAUCGCAAGAAGCACAUCUUCAAGCUUAGCCAGGGCGAGUACAUCGUUCCGGAGAAGAUCGAGAACGCCUACAUCCGCAGCCAAUACGUGGAGCAGGUGUUUGUGCAUGGCGAAAGCUUAAAGAGCUGCAUAGUGGCGAUCGUGGUCCCGGACGUGGAGGUGAUCAAGAGCUGGGCCCAGGAGAACAACAUUCCCGGCACGCUGAGCGUACUGUGCAAUAAUCCGGACGUCAAGCAGCUCAUCCUGAACGACAUGAUACUCUGGGGUAAAGAGUUUGGACUGAAGUCUUUCGAACAGGUCAAAGACAUUUACCUACAUCCGGAUCCGUUCUCGGUGCAAAACGGUUUGCUAACGCCGACGUUCAAAUCUCGACGGCCGCAGAUCCGAAGCUACUUCGCACCCCAGCUGGACGACAUGUACAAACACCUGGACUGAACGGAGCGGUAGCAGUGGAUCGGAUCGUAGCAAGGAUCGUUACUCUAUCACGCGCGGUGCACCUGGUGCUUCGUCCUCCGUGCGACGGCAGGACGACAAGAGGGUUCCUUAAGCGAAGCAAAACCGAACGCUACGUAACAGGUCGUCCGUUCCUUUAUUCCCGGCAAUCCCUCGCUGGCGGGAUUGCGGCUAGUAUUGUAUGUUACUACCGUUCGAAUAGGACAAAGUGUGCGUGUGUACGUUUGUUAGGGUGGUGGGGAAGCCCGAAAUGGGGGCUGGAGAUCGAAUAGGAACGAUUUACUUAACUUUAACGCAAGGAAUAAUACGAAACUACUGUUCCGGUACAUCUUUUUUCACAUUUACUGUUACGGCUGGCUGCGCGAACCGAACACGAAACCUGUCAGUGUAAAAAAAAACCGUACCGGCCUGAGUCUGAGCUUGAGGUUGGCCGUCUGUAAAAUAAAAAGCGACACUUUUCCUGCAGCAAACAAAUACGAAACGGCCCCAGUGCACACCGCUACCUAGUUUCGCGACCACGGCAGAUUAGCCUAUAAGGUGCACGUUUAUAUCAUCGUCAUUAUUACACCAAAUCGCUACCGCUUUUACAUAGCUCACACAAGCAACUGCUAGCUAGAGAAAGGGAAAAAGCAAGUUAUUUAUUGUUACAAGCCUAACGCUAACUGAUGAAAUUUCGUCAAUUCUUCGGUCUUCGAUGACGCCCAAAGGGAGACGUUGCGACCGGAACCAAUCCCCGCUGCAGUACGCGCGUGCAUUCUCUUUAUUAGCAGUAGAAAGGAACGAGUUCAUUUCGACGCUUCGUUUCAAUCAAUUAGGCGCCAAAUUCCAAUUCAAAAAAGCGUUACUGAGUACACUUAUUAUCAACGUUUGAUCCCACUUGAUUGGGCUUAUAACUUAUUGUUCGGCCGUUCGGUAGGUUUGUGCGUAGCAUCCACGUCCCGGCAGUGGAGGAUCAUCCUCCUGUACAUAGCGGCUAGGGUGACCAUUUACGAGCAACAUAUGCUAGUUACGUUUAGGAAGAAAUAAAAACCAAUGAAUUUAGGGACACGGCUUUCCUGGUGAGAGAGAAAGAGAGAACAAAAAAUGAAACGAAUGCUUCGUCAAGCCGUACCGGCACUAUUCUUCGUUCGAUGAAACUCUAGUCAUGGUUUAUAAUCUACUAAUCCCCCGGUCAACGGCUAAGGAAAAAGGGCGCUCUACUCGCAAGGUAGCAGUGGGUAUGAUUUCACGUUCGUUUCCACUGCUUAGUUUGGUAUUCGAUAAUGCGUCAUUUCUGGUGGUAUUUAAUUUAUUAUAUUCUGCAAACGGACUGUUCGCAACGAGGCGAAAACCAACUAUGCCAUGGAAAAAUAUGGUCACUCUCGUGCACUGAGUUUCAGCUUGAUUUCGAUCUUGCCCCAUGAGCGAAAACUGUUGAAGCCGGAGGCAAGCGUUGUGCUAGUGGUUAAGGUUUCGUUCGGCGUUGUUUUGGUGAGAGCGAUCGUGAACGUGAGUUAGCGCAAUUAGAAGACGGACGCAGUUCGAAGCUGCCGGAAUAGUAGAUGCAUCGGAAUGAAUUUUACCAUUUAACAUAUUAGUAGGCAAACGAAUGGAAAGCAAUCGGAAGAGGGAAAUCCAGAACGGAAGGAAAGCUUGCCGUUGAAGCGAGUUGGAGAGGCAUAAUACGCGGGAAAUUUCGGGAUGGGAUAGUUGAAAUGAAUAAGCAAGAUAAGUAUGUUAAAGGUUUGAAAAUGCUGUCACGGAGGCGCGGAGAUAACGCGAAUGUUACUGUGCGGUGUCGAUUUUAUCGAUGAGAAUGUGAGGAGGAAGACGAAUAUAAUGAGAAGAAUAAGCAAAGUUCGAAAUAGUAUCAUGAGCUCAUGCGUACGCAUGGUUUAUUAACGACGCGUUGGACUUAGGUAAUCGAUUAGGUGUGUGACAGAAUUAGUGAGAAUGCGCUAGAGCAGAUAUGCAGUGACGGAAGCUAAUAAUACCGAAGCAUUAGGAUCGCGAAUGAAACCCAAAGCAAAGCAAGUAGUAGUUGAACUAACCAAUCAAAUAGAGAGUCGAAGGAAGUAAAUUAAUAAUAAUUUAAACCCUAUAAAAGAAAUCAUAAGAAACGACCCAAAACAAAGCAAGCAAAACAUACACUAUUAAGAGAAACCCCGUAAAGCAACCUAAUUACACAAAGAAACUUUUUACUACUGGGCGCCUAUACUUAGAUCAAAACUACAAUAAAAUUAUUUAGUUAGUUGAAAGUAAAAGUUCUUCCUUUUUAUAUUAUGAACCGUCCGAAUUUAUAGCUUGUUAGUAAGCGUUCAGCAAGGUUCAAACCGUAUCCUGUUUUACUUUCACCCCGGAAAAACCACCCCUCAUUGCUGU